GUCGUACUUUUCUUAAGCGCCCGCGCCGGGUCGCGUCCGUGCCGGCUAACCAGCCACUGACCGGCAUGAGGGCCUGGGGUGUUAGGGCAACCUUCUGCUCGCUCCAGCGCCAUGGAAUGCCUGCGGAGCCUGAGCCGGCUGCUGCCCAGCGUCGUGGGGCUGCCCCGGCGCACGCUGUGUACUCUGGCCCAGAGUCUGACCCCUGGGGCGCGCCCCGUUGUCGUCUGCGGCCGCGCGACCCAACUCCUCAGGCAGAGCCGGGCCGCGCCCCUGUGCGCACCCCUUCGGUCCCGCGUGGCAGGUGAAAUGCACCGGUUUAGAACUUCCGAUGUCUCUCAAGCCACUUUGGCCAGUGUAGCCCCAGUGUUUACUGUGACAAAAUUUGACAAAGAAGGAAAUGUUACUUCUUUUGAAAAGAAGAAAACUGACUUAUAUCAAGAAUUAGGUCUUCAAGCCAGAGAUUUGAGGUUUCAGCAUGUGAUGAGCAUCACAACCAGAAACAAUAGGAUUAUCAUGAGAAUGGAGUACUUGAAAGCUGUGAUAACUCCAGAGUGUCUUCUGAUACUAGAUUAUCGUAAUUUAAAUUUAGAGCAAUGGCUCUUCCGGGAACUCCCUUCUCAGUUGGCUGGAGAAGGACAACUUGUCACAUACCCUUUACCUUUUGAGUUUAGGGCUAUAGAAGCACUCCUACAAUAUUGGAUCAGCACUCUUCAGGGGAAACUUAGCAUUUUGCAGCCACUGAUCCUUGAGACAUUGGAAGCUUUAGUGGAUCCCAAACAUUCUUCUGUAGACAGAAGCAAAUUGCACAUCUUACUACAAAAUGGCAAAAGUUUGUCGGAGUUAGAAACAGAUAUUAAAAUUUUCAAAGAAUCCAUGUUGGAGAUCUUGGAUGAAGAGGAGUUGUUGGAGGAGCUCUGUCUCACGAAGUGGAGUGACCCACAAGUCUUUGAAAAGAGCAGUGCUGGAAUCGACCAUGCAGAAGAGAUGGAGUUGCUUUUGGAAAACUACUACCGGUUAGCUGAGGAUCUCUCCAAUGCAACACGGGAACUCAGGGUAUUGAUCGAUGAUUCUCAAAGUAUCAUAUUCAUCAAUCUAGACAGCCACCGUAAUGUGAUGAUGAGGUUGAACCUACAGUUGACCAUGGGAACCUUCUCUCUUUCUCUCUUUGGACUAAUGGGAGUUGCUUUUGGAAUGAAUUUGGAAUCUUCCCUUGAAGAGGACCACAGAGUGUUUUGGCUGAUUACAGGAAUUAUGUUCAUGGGAAGCGGCCUCAUCUGGAGGCGUUUGCUGUCAUUCCUGGGACGACAACUAGAAGCUCCUCUACCUCCUGUGAUGGCCUCUUUGCCCAAGAAGUCCCUUCAGGCGGACAGAAGGACGGAAAUGAAGCACAGCUUCCGGCCAGACGGGCUCGGCUCAGGCAAGAGUGUCCUGACAAACCGUUAGAGACAUCGGCCCAGCAGAGACUGGGUUACUUUUUGCGGUAGUCACGGGAAGCUUCUGGUACUUUCAUUAUUUUAUAGAGUCAGAGACUGGAAAAAAAUCACUAAAAUUACAAUGUCUGAUGAUAAAGAUACCAUGGCACUCCGUAAUGCUAGAACUUCUGCAUUUUCAAAAUUGAGGAAAGAAGCAAAGGAUAUGCUUUGUAAAAGGCCAAAAUUCUAUUUCCCACAACCUUAAAAUGCUGUUUUUUAUAGAUGUGAUGUGAGAAUAGAUUGUUGUGUACAUUUUCUGAUUCACACGUGUCUCAGGCCAAGCAAAGCCUGAAAACUUGACAAGCCCACAGUGACGAGCUCGGGUAGCAGUAGUUCUUACUAAGGGGAUCAUGUUCUUGGGAGCUUCCUGACUCGCAGGUGACUGGAAAGGCAGGAAAAAAUACAUACUAACCUUAGAACAAACUCUGAAAGUUUGUGCUUUAAACCGAUCUUUAACAUACUCUAUUUUCUUGUCUUUUUUAUAUAAGGCAAAUAAAAAGGAAAUGAUUAACUAGAAUCCAUUUAAGCUGAUAUUAAAUCAAUAUUUUAUUCUCUUGACUCCUGAAACACUUUUUCUCUGCUUGGCUACAGUGGAAGCCUUUGGAAGUAAUGUUGAAACUGUUUCCAUUUUGUUACUGUUUUUUAGGUCUGGAGUAGAGGGAGUAGAUGACUGAGUAGAUGGAGGUGUCCCCUCAGUCACUCCCAUCCCCAAAAAAGAAAGUGUAUGGAGCCCAGUUAAUCUGUAUGCCUACGCCUCAGAGCUUGACAGGGGGCUUCCUAAACCAGAAGAGUGGCCAGAGCUGCUCUGCUACUACAAACGUAAUAGUAGUAAAGACCGUGCGCGGACAGUGUUGGGGUUAUCUGAUGCCGUAUAGGAUGGCAAAGGAGGAAGUUUGCGAGUCCAUUCACCAAGUGGUUUGGUGAAGAGAAUAAAAAUGCUGUUCCAGUAGCAGAUUUGAGAGAAAACAGAGUUGUUAAGUAGUUUCCCUGCUCCCCUGUGUGGUUAGAAGCAGCCACUAGAAGCUGGCACAUACGAUGACCCAGGCUGGGUUGGUCUCAGCACGGAGUGGCCCACUUGGCACCUCCCCGUGGGUCAGGGACACGCUUUGAGGUAUGGGUGUCGGAGUGAGGCUCUCUCUCUAGCAUCAUAGAUGUGUGCGAGGACUUUCAAAACAAAGUAUCUUUGAUAGUCUUCCGAUUCCAUGGGACACUGUCCUACCUCAGAGCACUGCUGCUGUUCUUGAUCUUAGGGACUCACUGGACAUAGGUUAGAAAUAGGACUUCCCUGUAAUGGGAAAAACAGAGCCCAAGGGGCUUGACUCCAGUCAGGCACAGAAAUAGAAUUUUGGCCUUUUUCCUUCUGGUGUGACUUGUAGACUUGAAUAAAAAAAAUUUUUUUUUCAGGA